CUCCGUAGUCUCGUUAGUAUAAGCAAGGACGGACGCGUGCCUGCAACGCCGCCAGCAACUCUGAAUAGAGUGUGGAGUCUUUGGCACCGACCGAGUUCACUCGAGUAAAGGAAAACAAUCAUAAUAAGCGGGAGAGGAACCGUCGUGCAAGUGUGUGUGUUGCUCCGGGGUUCGGAGAGAGAAUGUUUCCUCGCGGAAGGAAGCUUGGAAGGAAGAUGUCACGAAAAUAACCGAGUCAGAGAAAGAGUGAGAGUGUCUCGUAGGAGAGGUAGGCAAGGCUAGGACGUCGUGUGGUUUUAACACAACGCAACGGGAGUAGUUCAGACAGGAAACUUCGAACGGAGCGAAGUUUAUCGAGAAAUACUAAGAGAGAGAGAGAAGGGUAGAGGAGAAGAAAGGAAGAGAGAGUGAGAGAGAGAAAUAUCAAGCUCAAGAAAAGCAAAGAGAGAAUCGAAUAGUUGUCCGUCCUGAGCUGUGGCGUUGAGGUGACAGUUCUUCGCGGUGGAAUUUAUGGUGGUUUUCGAGCGAGUGUAGGCUCCGUGGUGCGUGGAGUGAAGUGGAGUCAAGGUGAAUUAACGUCUAGGAUAAAAUCGAGUCCAAAUCAGCUGAUUAAAAAUGCCGGGUUUAAUAGCAGUGAGUGAAUUCGUCGAAGAGACUAGGGAGGAUUACAACUCCCCGACGACGUCCACCUUCGUGUCACGAAUGCCCCAGUGCAGACAGACCAUCACAGCAUUGGAGGAGACGCUGGACUUUGACAGAGAUGGGCUGACUAAAUUGAAGAAGGCCAUAAAGGCCAUCCACAAUUCCGGAAACGCUCACGUGGACAACGAGGUGUACCUGGGCAGAGCGUUGGAGAGGCUCGGCGAUGCGGCACUCAAGGAACAGGAACCGGAUAUCGGUGCUGCUUUCCUUAAGUUUGCUGUGGUCACCAAGGAGCUUAGCGCCCUUAUGAAAACACUGAUGCAGAACAUAAAUAACAUAGUGAUGUUCCCGCUGGAUUCGGUGCUUAAGGGCGACUUGAGGGGUGUCAAAGGUGAUCUUAAGCGACCCUUUGAGAAAGCCUGGAAGGACUACGAGGCGAAAUACGCAAAAAUCGAGAAGGAAAAGAAGCAGCACGCUAAGGAGGCUGGCCUCAUCCGCACGGAAGUGACACCUGCCGAAAUAGCCGAUGAAAUGGAAAAGGAGAGAAGGUUGUUUCAGCUGCAAAUGUGCGAGUACCUCAUAAAAGUCAAUGAAAUUAAAACGAAGAAAGGCAUCGAGCUGCUACAGCAUCUAGUCGAGUAUUAUCACGCGCAGACCAAUUACUUUCAAGAUGGUCUCAAGACAAUCGAACACUUUGGAUCUUACGUGGCUGACCUUAGCAUCAAGCUGCAGAAGAUUCGGCAAACCCAGGACGAAGAGAGGAGACGACUCACCGAGCUUAGAAGCCUUCUGAGAAGUUCGGGAUGCGAUAAGGAACUAAAUGCAAAUGCGAGUGCAGGUUAUUCUUUGCAUCAACUUCAAGGGGAUAAGCAACACGGUGUGACGCGUUCAGGUCAUCUCUUGAAAAAAAGCGAAGGAAAAAUGCGGAGGGUCUGGCAGAAGAGAAGGUGCGCGGUUCAGGCAGAGGGAUAUCUGGACAUCUGUCACGCGGAUGAGAACAAACCGCCAACCAGGGUCAAUCUAUUAACGUGCCAAAUAAAGCUGGUACCCGAUGACAAGAGGGGUUUCGAUCUUAUAAGCUACAAUCGAACGUACCACUUUCAAGCGGAAGACGAAGCAGAUCAAAGGGCCUGGAUGUCCGUUUUAGUUAAUUGUAAGGAAAGAGCUUUGCUCAGGGCAUUUGAUGCUAGUGGCAAGGCUGAAGCGGGCCAAGGAAAUCCAAGUUUGGUGGAAUUACAGCAAGCUGUAAUACGUUGCGUUAUGCGACUACCUGGCAACGAUCAGUGUUGCGACUGUUCCUCCCAGAAUGAUGCUACGUGGUUGUCCACGAAUUUCGGUAUAAUAGUCUGCAUAGAGUGCAGCGGUAUACACAGGGAUCUUGGUGUCCAUAUAUCUAGAAUACAGUCAUUGACAUUAGACAACGUAGGAACCGCCCAGUUAUUACUCGCCCGAUAUAUGACCAAUCAAGCAUUCAAUGAAGUGAUGGAGGCGACGUUACAUCACAAUUUGAAACCAUCGCCGACGUCCACCAUGGAGGAGAGAUACGAAUUCAUAAGAGCGAAAUACGUCGACAAGAGGUACGUCAUGAACACCUGUGCCGAUGAACGGGAUCUCCUCUCCGAUUUGGAGCACGCUGUCAACAAUAGAGAUCUCCAACAGCUGCUGCAAGUUUAUGCGGAGAACGUGGACUUGGCAGCUCCACUCCCAACUUCGGAUAUUGGAGAAACUGCAUUGCAUCUGGCUGUUCUACGUGAAAUGGGUAGUAGUCUUCACAUUGUCGACUUCCUAGUGCAAAAUAUGCCAACCGGGAGUAUCGAUAGAACUACUAUAGACGGUGAAAGUGCAUUACAUCUCUCUGCGAGACAUGACAGGGCAGAAGCUAUGAAGUUACUCCUAAGAGCUGGUGCGGAUCCAACACUUCGCAAUAAGCAAGACAAGACACCAUUAGAUAUUGCUCAGGAUAUGGGGCACCACACGUGUAAAGAAUUGCUCAGUCAUGCUCUCCAGAGACAGAAAACACUCUUCGAUAAUGUCAAUAUCGAUUGGAAUUUAUCUCAUGACGAAGGCUCCACAGACUUUUCAGAUGAUGAAACCAUCAUAGAAGAUAGAAAUGGGUGUUUAACACCUGAGAAAAAAUCACGAAGCAGACCGCCAUCCUAUGCUGGCGGAGGUGGUACCGGACCUGGCGAUUCGCCUGUAACUUUACGAAGUCGAAGUAGCACAUGUGACAGUUUACAAAGUGGUUCCUCACCAGGAUCAUCUUCGAAUAGACAACAGAUGCCACCACCAGCUUUGCCACAGGCCAGAAAGCCUGUUGUCGUUCCAGCAUCAAUAGCACCAGACGUUUCUAUGAAUAUUCACGGUUCGUUGAAGAAAAGGAUUGCUCCUCCACCACCACCGGGAACUGGUGGCAGUAUAAUGCCGUCCUCUCAUUAUGGAACGUUACCAUCCUCAGCAUCCUUAGCAGCGUCGUCCCAUAGUCGAACAACCAGUGAACCCAUUCUGGCAGGUCACACCUUACAUACUUUACCACACUCGAUAAACACCUUAAACAAUCAGCACCACAAGAGAUCGCCUAGUGGAGACUCAUCGACGGGACACGGCAUGGACAAAUCGAACAGUUCAACGCUACAGAGACCGCGAAAUCCGCCUCCACCCGCACCGUCUGGUAUCAAUUCAUCAAGGCUCAGUAACGGUCGCAGUAGUGAAUCUCUGAGUUCCAUGUGUUCCGAUCAUGGCUUGGGUAACCCAGUGCCACCACCAAGAAAGCGAAGGGACCGGUCCAGGCUAGAGAGCUACGCCGAGGAGCCUUCAUCUUUGCUCCCAAACCUCAAUCUGCCGUAUCUGUUUUAUUCCCUUCAGCCAACGUCCUCCAAUCUAAACGGAUUAAGACGCUGUCGUGCGCUCUACGACUGCGAGGCUGACAACGAGGACGAGUUGUCAUUCCGAGAAGGCGAAGUGAUAAUAGUGACCAACGAGCAGACCGACGAUGACAAUUGGAUGGAAGGGGCCCUGGAACGUGCACCAGAGAGACGAGGAAUGUUCCCGAUAAGUUUCGUGCAUAUGCUGCAGGACUAACAUUCGCUGAGCCUCAACUCACUGACAAGCGUUUCCAGUACUGCCAACUCGGUUAACGUCUCCAGUCUCGGUAGGAGAGUCUGGUCAAGGCGUUCCAAAAAUUGAAUCCAGAUCAUAGGUCGCUCAGGGACCUUAUAACGGAGGAUGCACUUUGACGUAUAGAUAUCGCAGAAUCGUUUCUUGGAAGAUACUGCAGCAUUAUACUCCAUUUAGCUGAUGUUGAUUACCGAAAGAACCGGUAGGCAUCAGGCAGAGCAGACGAAACGAAUCCUGAUGGAUCAGAAUGUCUCUUGGAUGACAGGAUUAUUCAAUGUGUGACAAUCUUUUUUUGAAUGGAGAGGGGAGGAGGAGGGGUGGCGAAACAUAUACGUAUGGAGAAUUCAUGGGAUGAGAAGAUUGUUUUAAAAUGGUCAAAUAUCUGACAGCGGUUCCUCUGCAUAAUACGUAAAAUACCGACUGGAUAUGCGGUUUAUAAGCGAUUUAUAAAUUGUCUCAAGUCCUGAAUCGUCAAGUCAUGGGAAACUUGAGAUCAUGCGAUAUUUACCCGGGUCAAAGUUCACUAUCGAUACAUUAGAAAUUUUCAUUAUCUAUUGGAUCAUCGAUACGGGGACGAAUGUAUAUUCUAAUUAUAAACCGAAGUUAAAAUGUGAUAUUGAAUAUUUCACUGCAACUUAUUAGUAUUAUGAGAAUGAACUUAUUCACUAAUUUUAGUAUAGCGAGAAACGGUACUUGUAUCUAUACGCGGUCAAGUCUAUGAGACUUAAGUCUCGGCCACAUGCUCUCAUAUAAUUAAUCGUGAAUCACAAUUUAAGCCCAAGUAUCGUACGCGGAUUAUGAUUUACAUUUAUUUGGAGUCAUGGAAAAACCUUAAUUUAUAAAAUACUCAGCGAUUAUUUCAAAUUGAAAAUGCGCAUUUAAAAGUAAAUAGCCACGAGAACACGAUGAGUAUGAAGCGAGUAUACUUGUGGAAGGUAUUGAAAAUUGGCAGUACCGGGAUAAUCCUGAUAGUCGGACAGUCGACACGCGAUGAGUAUUAUUAGGAUAUUUAUGAGAAAAAGGAAGAGUAAAAAAGGAAGAAAUUACUUUAAAGUCUUUGAAGGAGUCUGUACGUCUUUUCUAAUGCCAUACUAUCUUAGAGUAUAUUAUAGUGUGGAGGGAGGGGAUAUACGACUAUCGAGAAAAUUAUAAGUCACUAGGUAAUGUUACUCCGAAUUCUAUAAUGUAUGUGUAUUAAUGUAUCUAUUCUAAGAAAGAGUGAGACGGGUUAUUCGAGAUUCUCGUAUCUUUCAGUAUGAAUCGUCAGACCAAAGAAUUAAAAAACAACGUGAAACAAACGAACGAACAAAUGAGUAUUGCAAAUAUAUAUUGGUAAAUGCAAAGAAAUAAUUAUGUAUUUGUUUCUCAGACAAUUUUUUCUUUUACGUAUCGUUUCCUGCAUUAUUUUUUUAUUACAUAAACUCGUGCACCUGAUCGAUUCUCAAUAGAAUCAAAGACGCAAGUCUGAACCGAGCCGAUACGAAAUUCAAAAUUGUCUUAGGAUCUGUCAAAUUUUCCAUUAUUUUUUUGUCCUGCCGUACAGAAUUGAAACGUCCCGGAUAAUAUUAUCGUCCGUGAACGUUCGACUGCUGACCGACAAAAGAUGUGACUAAAAUUGUAUAGGGGUAAGAAAAUUGAAAAAACAAAAAGGAAGGAAAAUAAAUGUAAACGCAAUGUACAUAGGAGAAGAAUAUUAGAGCGUUUAUAGCUGUGACACUAUUUCUUAAUGCGUAGAGUUAAUUAAUAAUGACACUUCCUAAUAUCGAUUAAGCAGCAGAGGGUUGCGAUCGAUGAUAGCCGACUGUAAUUGUAAAUAAUGUUCUAUCGUUCGAAUAGUCGAUCUAUUCGCUUCAUCAUUUCCUCUCUUUCUUUAUUUAUGCUCCUUAAAUAAAAAUUGAUCCCCCUUCGGUUUUAUUCAAUUGAAUUUUUCUCUGGUGUCAACGUAACACGUAUAUUUAAGAUAUCCUUUCCCAUCCAUAUCUUUAAUUCUUUUGUUUUAGUUCAGCGAUUGACUAAGUACUCUUCAGAUAACUAGAAACAAUUUGGUCACUCAGUUCUCGUGCAAAUUAAAGAAAGGAAAAAGAAGCCACAUUCAUCAUGACCACCCUCUACUGUGUGUGUAUCGAAUACGCGAUAAUCAACAUGUAUAAACGAUUCAGGCAGAAUGAUAAUGGAAGAUUGUAACGUAGCGUCGAUGUGUAAAUAGAGAUCGAUGUUUAUAUAAUUAUGAAUAAUAAGAUAAGCUAGGAUAAUGCGUAAUGUGAAAUUAAGAGCGUGUCGAUAUUAUCUGUUACAAAGUGUAAACACUCUAUCCAUCGCAUUUGAGCGCAUACUUUUAGGCAUUAGAUAGACUAAGUAUUUAUUACUAUUCUAUUCUAGCUAAAAAUAUACCAGCUAGACAGUCAGAUUAAUGGAGCGCAAAACAUGUUUGAAAUAUUUCACGAAAUUAUUGGCUAUAGUCGUUAACAUUACACUAAAGGGAAAUACAGCCACGUAACGUUGAUCUCUAGUUGUGAAUAUUUAAGAUUUCCGAAUCUGAUCUGCUUCCUUAGAGUGUGUUUUACCAUUUUCAAUGGAAUAUUUCAAAGAUAUUCAGUCCCUACUUUAAAGAAAGAUAUAUUAAUAUAUUCAAUCUUUGUAUGUACCUAGUGUUCUAUUAUUAUACAUCCGAAUGCUUAAUAUAAUUCGAAAAAAACCACACAUUAGCCUAGAAUAAGAACGGCAUAAUAGAAUUUAAGCAUUUGUAUUGCAUGGACAUGAUACCAAUAUUUAACGUAACCAUCACCGUUAAAAUUGUGCACAAAGUCUUUUAAAAAGGAAAGUGACUCGAAAACAAGGUAAAAAUAAAUGCUAUUUAGAGAGCUCUAUA